AUGGCAUCAACGUCUCCAUCGGCGUCAUACUGGUGUUACCAAUGCACCAGAUUCAUCACCGUCUGGCCGGAAAACAGCCUAGUUUGCCCAUACUGUGAUGGCGGAUUUAUCGAGGCGGUGGCGGCUAUGGCUUUCUCGCCGGACCAUCGCCAACGAUUCGAUUCUCCCCGGAACUCGUCUGGUAUGGGGUAUCGCCUUCGCCGUCGCCGUCGUGAUAGAUCUCCGUUUAAUCCUGUUAUUGUUCUCCGCAACCCGUCGGUAAACCAAUCUGGUAAUGAAGAGGAAGGAGGAGGAGAAGGAGAGAGGAGUUAUGAGUUGUACUACGACGACGGUGUUGGAUCGGGGCUCCGGCCUUUACCGUCAACCAUGUCGGAGGUCUUGAUGGGGUCCGGAUUUGAUCGACUUCUCGACCAGCUCUCACAGAUCGAAAUCACUGCCUGGGGGGGUCAACAUGAGAACCCGCCGGCGUCCAAAUCAUUCAUCGAAUCAAUGCCAAGAAUAAACAUAACUUCAAGCCAUGUGAACUCCGAUUCACACUGCGCCGUUUGUAAAGAAGCCUUCACGCUCGGAUCCGAAGCUCGUGAAAUGCCUUGCAAACAUAUUUAUCAUUCUGAUUGUAUCCUUCCCUGGCUCUCCCUGCGCAACUCCUGCCCAGUUUGCCGCCAUGAAUUACCUAGCGAGACCAUCUCAGAUAAUCCGGGUCAACCGGGGAACGACGAGAGUGUUGGGCUGACGAUAUGGAGGUUGCCCGGUGGAGGUUUCGCCGUCGGGAGGUUUAUGGGCGAACCUAGAGGCAGCAAUGGCACCUCCGGGAACGGGCAAGGACCUAUGCCGGGGGUAUAUACAGAAAUUGACGGUGGGUUUAACAAUGACGACGGCAUGCCCCGGAGAAUUGAGUGGGGUGUAACGAGGAGAGGAAGGAGAGAACGUGGUAGAAUCAGUCGACUUUUUGCUAAUUUCUCUUCUGUUUUUAGGAGAUUUAGAUCGGAUUCUUCCUCCUCAGGCCGGGUUCGGGUUAGCCGGAGCUGGAGCUUGUCGGGUUCUGGUUCGUCGGCGUUUAGUAGGUAUGUGUUGAGGAGGAAUAGUAACAGAAAUUUGGUUGCCGGAGAGGAGGAGAAUGGGAUGGCAAGUUGGUAA